AUCUUUCCAUGCAUCGACCCAGGCGCUCGGUAGCGUCAAAGCUCCCUGCAGCGACGAGGUCCAACCGUGCCCAGCCGGCGCACGCCCUUCAAAUCAUCAGUCAGUCAACGAUAUCGGCCCACCAGCGGCACUUGCACGCCGUUCGGACGCAUGUAGGUAGACUUUUCUUCAUGACCUUCCUUUUUCUUUUUGUUCAGUUGCUAUAUUUCCAUGCAUCUUAAUUCGCGCGCAAUGGCAUCUCCUGCAUCUCUUAACAAACCCUCAUCCAUCUUAAUCGUCGGCAGCGGUGCAUUCGGACUUUCCACAGCUUAUUCAUUAUGUCAAAACCCGCAGUACAAGAAUACCUCAAUUACUGUUGUAGACCGUCAGCCUUUCCCUACGCCUGAUGGCUCGAGUAUCGACGCCUCACGAAUCAUCCGUCCCGACUACGCUGCCGCCCGCUAUACCCGUCUCGCGACCGUCGCACAGAACCGCUGGCGCGCCGACUUCGCGACCGAACACUACCAUGAGGUCGGGUUAUGUGUAACAGCAUGGGGCCCAGAGCAAAAGUACGUUUCCAGCUCGCUCGAAAACGUUCGCACGAUAGGGACAGACAAAGUCGAAGUGCUCAACUCGGCGGAAGACAUACAGAAAGCAUGUGGUCUGGAAGGCAAAGACCCCUGGGGUAAUGGCUGCACUGGAUACGUGAACUGGAGUUCAGGCUGGGCAGACGCAGAGGGUGCCAUGAUGUGGCUCAGGGAAAAGGUGGAGAAGCUGGGUAGGGUGAAGUUCAUCACAAAGGGCGUGAAGAAGCUGUUGAUCGACCACAAAACCAACACCGUCUCCGGUGUGCGGCUUGACGAUUCGACCGAACUGAAGGCGGACCUUACAAUGCUGGCGGCAGGCGCAUGGACGGCAUCGCUCAUCGAUCUCCGGGGCAUCUGCAAAGCCACCGGGCAAGCGCUGUGCUACAUGCCCAUUUCCAAGGAGGAGGAAACGAAGAUGGCUCCGCGACCAACUAUCUUGAACCUCUCCCACGGCCUAUUCAUGAUACCGCCUCAUAAAGGCCUGCUCAAAGUAGCGCGCCACGGCCACGGCUACCUCAACCCAACCACAAUUCCACACCCAGAAUCCGAAGACCCCAGCGAGACAAUCACCACCUCACUUCCCUACACACACGUCGACGACCCAUCACAAGCCGUUCCUAUAGAAGGCCAACGCCAAUGCCGAGACUUCCUCACUGCAAUCCACCCCUCGCUCGCCGUACCCUCGCGACCAUUUACCAAAUCGAAAAUCUGCUGGUACACUGAUACAAGGGAUGGCGAUUUCUUGAUCUCGUAUCAUCCCAAAUACAAAGGGCUGUUCGUGGCGACGGGUGGUUCAGGUCAUGGCUUCAAGUUUCUGCCUGUUAUUGGUGAUAGCAUUGUGGAGUGUAUAGAGGGGAGGAUACCGGAGGACUUCAAGGGCCGCUGGGAGUGGCCGGCUGAACGUAUACCGGAGGAACAGUGGGCUGGUGAUGGGAGUCGUGGUGGGCCUGUUGGUAUGAUCCUGGAAGAGGAGACGGCCAAGAGUCGGGGGAAGUUGUAGGUGGCGGCGUACGUAGGUACUGACCCAAUGCUGGAUACCUAGCUUAUUAACCUUUCUUCGAAAACAAGGCCCUUUGAUUUCAAGAGCAAAUGUCUUUGGACUCGAUAGGCAAGCGUGGUGAGAUGGUGGCAAGACGCGCAAGAACGAAGGAUGUGGUCCUAAUGCUGAUAAGCGCUCAGAAUGGAGGCAUAUACAAAGAUAGGCACACCACAUUGGUUGAACUGCAUCCGAUCAGUAUUCGGUGGGAAACAGCGAUUCGUUUAUGGUGGGGGUUAGGCGCCGAGGCUGAGUUUCAGCCUUGUCCGUUCUAUGCCUCCGCAG